AUGUUAAAAAACCAUGGGUAUCUUUACACCUUCAACAAUCAUCAUGUUAGAAAAAUUUCUCGCCGAUUACAUGCAAGUCUGAAUGCUAAUACUCACUUUUCUACAACGCAUCAUUGUUCGGAACAACACCAUAAUUUUUUACGAAAAUUUUCCACUGCAAACCAAAGCUUUUCCGAAGAAACAACAUCCAAAUCUAUUCGAUAUAAAUUAAUAUUUCAGUACAAAGGAACAAAUUUUGAAGGCUAUCAAAAACAAAAUAACAAAGGCCAAGCAAGAGGAAAUACUGUUCAACGGCACAUGGAGGAAGCUCUUCAAAAAUUAUUUAAUACAAAUUCAAUUUACGUGGUAGGAAGCUCUCGAACUGAUGCUGGAGUACAUGCCCUUCACAAUACGUGCCAUUUUGAUGUAGAUAGCGAAAUAAUUGAGAAAAGAAAAAAUCAUUCUCUGAAAAACAUAGUUUUUGGUGUAAAUUCUUAUCUUAGAGACCAAGAACUUGUGAUUUGUUCAUGUGAACAAAAGGACAAUACCUUUCAUGCUCGCCACAACGUUAAAGAACGAGAAUAUCAAUACAGAGUUCUUCUCGUUGGACCAAAACCAGAUAUUUCUUACAGAGUACCUUUUAUACAAGAUCAAUUCUAUCUUGUGAAUGGAGUAUCAACCUCUCUUGCCGAUAUACCUGAUUUUAAUGGAACACCCAUGUCUCUAGAUACAUAUUUCAAUAUUGAAGCUGUACGAGAAGCAUGUUCAUAUUUUGUUGGAACACAUAAUUUCAAUAACUUUUGUAGAGCUGACCUUCCUGAAAGAGUAUCCAGGAUUAAGACAGUGCAUUUCGUUGAUGUACAGGAGCAUUCGGUUGAGCAAGACCAAACAUUGAGCCCAUUACACUUUUCGGUUGCAAAAUGUAGAGAAAUUAGAUUUUUGAUUCGUGGAAAAUCGUUCCUUCACAAUCAAGUUAGAAUUAUGGUGGAUGCUUUGAUUAAGGUUGGGCUGAACAAAAUCUCGCCCUAUCAAAUCAAGUAUGCCAUUGAUCAUCCUUAUGUCAAAUUUCCAGAAAAGGGAUGCGUGCCUCCUCAUGGUCUAUAUCUUACAAAUGUAGUUUAUAACAACACUGACAGCAAUCCAAGCGAUGAUUCAUCAUCGGAGCAUGACGAUGAAGGCACCGAAUAA